GCCACCGCCCGGCCCGGGGCGGGGCGGGAGCGGCGGUACCGACCGGGCCGCGGCCCCGCAGCCCCGCCAUGUUCAACGUGGAGAGCCUGGAGCGCGCCGAGCUGGGCGAGAGCCUCCUCACCUGGAUCCAGACGUUUAAUGUUGAGGCACCAUGCCAGACCGUGGAAGAUUUAACGAGUGGGGUUGUGAUGGCCCAGGUUCUUCAAAAAAUAGACCCAGCUUACUUUGACGAAAAUUGGCUGAACAGAAUCAAAACAGAAGUAGGAGAUAAUUGGAGGCUAAAGGUAAGCAACCUGAAGAAAAUUUUGAAAGGCAUACUGGAUUACAAUCAUGAGAUUCUGGGGCAACAGAUAAAUGACUUCACCCUUCCUGAUGUUAACCUGAUUGGAGAGCAUGCUGAUGCUGCGGAGCUGGGGAGAAUGCUUCAACUUAUUUUGGGAUGUGCUGUGAACUGUGAACAGAAGCAAGAGUACAUCCAGACCAUAAUGAUGAUGGAAGAAUCAGUUCAACAUGUUGUCAUGACAGCCAUUCAGGAGUUGAUGAGUAAAGAGUCUCCAGUCUCUGUUGGAAAUGAUGCUUACGUUGACCUUGACCGGCAGCUGAAGAAAACUACAGAGGAACUAAAUGAAGCACUAGCAACAAAAGAAGAAAUUGCCCAGAGAUGUCAUGAGUUAGAUAUGCAGGUUGCAGCCCUCCAAGAGGAGAAGAGCAGCCUGCUUGCCGAGAACCAGAUCUUGAUGGAACGCUUGAAUCAGUCUGAUUCUAUUGAAGAUCCCAACAGCCCUGCGGGUCGUAGGCACCUGCAGCUGCAGACACAGCUAGAACAGCUCCAAGAGGAAACAUUCAGAUUAGAAGCUGCCAAAGAUGACUAUCGAAUACGCUGUGAAGAACUAGAAAAGGAAAUUGCAGAACUGAGACAACAAACAGAAGAGCUUACUACACUGGCAGAAGAGGCUCAGUCUUUGAAGGAUGAGAUAGAUGUACUCAGGCAUUCUUCUGAUAAAGUAGCCAAGUUAGAAAGCCAGGUAGAGUCAUAUAAAAAGAAACUGGAAGAUCUGGGUGAUUUGCGGCGUCAAGUGAAGCUUUUAGAAGAGAAGAAUACAAUGUACAUGCAAAAUACUGUGAGCCUGGAGGAAGAACUGAGGAAGGCCAACGCAGCACGCAGUCAGCUGGAAACAUACAAGAGACAGGCAGUUGAACUACAAAACAGGUUAUCUGAAGAGUCCAAGAAAGCUGAUAAAUUAGAUUAUGAAUGCAAACGUCUGAAAGAAAAAGUAGACAGCCUCCAAAAAGAAAAAGAUAGAUUAAGAACAGAAAGGGAUUCCUUGAAAGAAACUAUUGAAGAGCUUAGAUGUGUACAAGCUCAGGAGGGUCAACUCACCACUACAGGAUUGAUGCCUCUGGGAAGACAAGAGCCUUCUGACAGUUUAGCAGCAGAAAUCAUUACUCCUGAAAUAAAGGAGAAACUCAUUCGCCUUCAACAUGAGAAUAAGAUGUUAAAAUUGAACCAAGAAGGGUCUGACAAUGAAAAGAUUGCCUUGUUGCAGAGCCUUCUUGAUGAUGCAAACUUACGGAAGAAUGAACUUGAGACAGAAAACAGAUUGGUAAAUCAGAGACUUCUAGAAGUGCAGUCCCAGGUUGAAGAACUACAAAAAUCUUUACAGGAUCAAGGUUCGAAAGCUGAAGAUUCAAUUCUUCUGAAAAAGAAACUUGAAGAACAUCUUGAGAAGCUCCAUGAAGCUAACAAUGAGCUGCAGAAGAAACGAGCUAUUAUUGAAGAUUUGGAACCAAGAUGCAAUAACAGUUCGCUUAAAAUUGAAGAAUUACAAGAAGCUUUACGGAAGAAGGAGGAGGAAAUGAAGCAAAUGGAAGAACGAUACAAAAAGUAUUUGGAAAAGGCCAAAAGUGUCAUCCGCACAUUAGAUCCUAAACAGAACCAGGGUGCUGCUCCUGAGAUUCAGGCACUGAAAAAUCAGUUGCAGGAGCGGGACAGAAUGUUUCAUUCCCUGGAGAAAGAAUAUGAGAAAACAAAAAGUCAAAGAGAAAUGGAGGAAAAAUUUAUCGUUAGUGCCUGGUACAAUAUGGGGAUGACUCUGCAUAAAAAAGCAGCAGAAGAUAGACUGGCUAGUACAGGCUCAGGACAGUCCUUCCUGGCUAGACAAAGGCAAGCCACGAGCACAAGGAGAUCUUACCCUGGUCAUGUUCAGCCAGCAACAGCAAGGUAGAGAAGCCUUGCCCUUAGAAAGAAAACUGCCCUGUGAUCCAGGCCACUUCUGUUGCAAGUGACAACAUUCAAGGAAAAUAAACCAGCAGCCUUUCUCUUUCUCCCUUGUUACUGCUAUUAUUUUACAGUUCAGGAAAGGGUUUUAUUAUGGUUUCUCAUUGUUCUGUAAUGCCCUUUGCUUUUAUUUUUGAAGUCCAUCUCUCUCUCUCUUUCUCUCUGCAUUUUUUGAAUGUGCCAAAAUUUUAAAACCAUCUAGAGGAGUGCUGUAUAAUAACAGUCUUAUUUGUAUGAAGCCUGGUCUCUUAUGAAAAGCCUCAUGUGGACCAUGUAACAAUGUAAAUUUCUUGUCACUGUUGGUACUUUUGUGCCAUAAGGGUUGUUAUGCUUUAUAUAAGACUGUUCUUGUUCAAAGGGAAUUAGGCUUUUUUUUUCAUGUGCUAACCUGUUGCUUCAGAAAAAUGCUGAAAUCUCAUUACAGAAAUGCAAAAUUAGAAUAUAAUAUUCUGUGAAAUAUAUUUUCUGCUAAAAACCUUACCAAUGCAAAAAAGAAUGAUUUUUUUUUUUUUUUUUAAUCUCCUACAUGCAAAGUUUGCUCUUAUUCUUGGCAUUUGAUAGGGAAGCAGGAUGUUUUUUUUCAGGUUUUUCUUUAUCAACUGGUGUUACCUCUUUUGCUCGUAGAGAUGAAUAUUUUCAAAUGGUUUGUUCCACUCUUCUUGGUCAAGUGUACGCUUAAAAACAUUCUAAAAAAAGUGGAGAAAUAUUCAGAAUGCUCUAAUAUGCUACUGCAUCAUCCAUUUUAAAAGGGCAUUUGUUUUAAAUUUUAUAGUUAUGGGUGAGCAAUACACAAUGAAUCAAGGCCCCGAUUAAUAUUGAUAAUGUAUUCCAGUUGUCAUGCCCUACUAAAAGACUUGCUUUUAAUAUAUUGAUUCUGGGGAUAAUUGUAUCAGUUGCCUUACCAAUGGUACCAGUGCCUUCAGGUGAGUUUGUUGCUGACUGUUGGAAACUGGCUGUGAUUUGUUGUACUGCCUUUUUAGUAGUGUGUAGCUCCUUAACUGUUGGAGUACCUUCAUGUUCAUCAGUGGGGUGGAGGGAGGUUCCCCCUGUUUAGGUUCUGUUCCUACAGAUCUGUGCUUUUCCCCCUGACUAAUUCUCUGCAUUCCCUAUCAUAUUUGCUGAAGAAUUUUUGGGCACAGAGAACCUGAAUAUUGAUUGAAACUUCCACAUACAUACAUCUCGUUGUAAUUUAGUUUUAAACAGUUAUUAUUUAGAGACAGUUUGGACCCUGAUGCACAUGCAGUUGGCUUAUAAAUUUAUUCUUUUACCUUAUUUUAAUGCCCUCCCAAGUGAAGACUUUUUGUUAUAAAUCCCUAUAGUAGUAGCAUUUAUUAAUCAUCUGAAAGUCUAUGUUAAUUCACAAGUUGGGUAGAAUGAGCAAAGGAUAAUUAAAACAAGCACACCUAGAUUAAAGGUUAAUAAACAGGUGAAUGAUAUUUGUAGGUACUACUGUUUUAUUCUCAAGUACAUGAUCUGUUUUACUCUAGACUAAUAAAUGCAUCCAGUAUGUGUCUGAAAUUAGUUUUCAGUUCUGGUUAUCCACCCCAGCCCCCGAAAACAGAUGCUGAACUCUAUUAAUUGCAUGUAGCUUUGUCUUCUACUCCUCACAUUUGGAAAACUUUGGUUUUCCAGAAGUUCUUUUUACUUGUUCAGGGUAUGACAGGUCUGGGCUGUGCUUGCAAAGAUUAGAUAAGACAUUGCAAGUUUGUUGUGUGCAGAAAGGUAACAACGUGGAGGAAGCUGAGGACAGUUUCUGAAGCUAGUGAGGUGAUACUCGUUUUGCUGGCUCUCACUGAGAUAUGGAAUGCUGUGUGUAUUGUCUGGCAAGAUGACUACAGUUUGUGUGGGACAUCUUGUUGUGCAACUUGUUCCAGUAACCUGAAGAACUGUUUACCGCGUGUUGUGUGUGAACAGGAGUAAGUAAGAUCAGUCCUCCGAGGGAAUUUGAUGUUCUUGUUUGAGAUUACAGCAUUUUGUAUCAGAGAAAGAACCUAAGAAUACCGAAAACUCCCUUUUUAUUUUAAUCUGUCUGGCUUUUUCUGUUACUAAACUGCCAAAGGCUAUUUGUGAAAGCAAGGAAUGUGGCCUUAACGGGAAGCUUUAUCUCUUAAGUUUGCUAAUAAUUUAAUUCCCUAUUGCUGUUAAUCAGGUGCAGGUCUAAAAUAACUAGAACCAAGGUCUGCACACUAAUUGCUUUUAUUUUGUUAGCAUUUGUUUUACCAUUUUGCCUCCAAAGUUUUGGUGAUUAGUUAGGAGAUGAACAAAUGCUGGUUAGAAGCCUUGUCUUUUGCAUUUACUUUCCAGUCUCUCAUGGCCUCUUUUGCUUCUUGGUGGUUGUUGGCUUUUCUCUUCUGCUUUGUGAUUCUGUCUUUCCUUUUCCUUUAAGAUAAGACACGGAAGUGUUUUCUGUAGUUCCCUUCAAGAAUAUAUAGCAUCAUUAUGUAGCAUCAAAGAGCAAAACAAGACUAGUAUUGGAUCUGAGCUUUCCUGUUGCUCACAGUGAUCGUUGGGCAAGUGAACAAUCAUUAUGUCUUUUAAGAGUUUACAGACCUGCAGAAAUCAUGGUAUUUCCCAGAAUUUUUGUUGAAUAUAGAAACCUAAAAAUGUACUGUACUCUUACGGAAAUAUAUUUGGUUGCUGUACAGUUCCAGUAAGUCAUUUGUUCUGCCUGAAGGAAUUUAGUUCCUUAUUCUUUAGCAUUUUAACUCUAUUAUUUAGUGCAUACAUCCACUGUUAAUCUUUGGGUGUGGAUGAAUGCAAGUGGUGAACAUCAUUAAACCUCCUCUUCUCAUAAGAACAGCUUCUUCAUUCAAAGGGUUCAGCUUCAUCGUUUUCCUUGCUUGUUAUGUAGCUUUGGAAGUAGUGUGGUAUUAGGAAAAAGAAAGAGCUCAGAGUGUAACUCCAGGGAAUAAACACAUAUAUAGGUGAGCCACCAGUGAAUGUUCUUUAUUUGUCUUAUCUUCAGUAAUAAAAGAAUAUAAGCAAUAAACCCAAUCUAUAAAACAGAAUUCUCUCAGUACGUUGGAUAGCUCUUAAGAAGUUUUUAGGAAUACUUUUUUCCUGAGGCAAUGUUUACAUCAAAAUUGCAAUGGUAAUUAUUAAAGCAAUGCUAUAUCCUGUCCUGAUACACUACAGAAAAAAACCCAGCUACAAUUGAGCUUGAAGAGAAAGGGUUCUCCAGGGCAGUGAUGAAAUGGCUGAAGAGUUCAUGAGAGGACUUUGCUGAGCACUGUGCUGAGAGUCUGCCCAGAAUAAUCUUUCUGACAGAUUUUAAUUAAUGCCAGUAAAAGUUAACAGAUAAAUGGAUGAAUAUUUUCACUGUUCAGAGUUUCUGACCCUAAAGGAUGUCUGUGCAGUCCAGUUUGUAUACUUCUGUGGGGAGUUAAGUUGUCAGCGUAUCUGAUGAGACAUUACAGAAAAAAAAAUAUUCGAGUUCCCUUUCUUGAUAGCAACACAUAGCCACUUGAAUCACAACAUGUAUUUUCUAAGUGCUGUGAAAACUGAAGUAAUCUAAUUUAAAGGUUGUGUGUUCCACCCACAGUGCAAAGGAAAACAAAAUUGCAAAUGUGUUAUAGCCACAAGAUGCCUUUCAUUCUGUCCUGCUCCAGUGGCACCUGAAUUAGCAGUAACGCUUCUGCAAGUUCCCUGUGGCUUUCUGUCCUGUAAGGGGCACUGGCAAUUUUAUAUUCAUUGUGUAUGAAAGAGUUAACAGUGAAUACUCCUAUUGCUGCUUUAUGGUGAUCUUAAACAGUAAGUGGUAUGUGCAAGCUGUCAAGAAAAUGUGAAAGGAUUUGGCAGUUUUAAAGUCCUUGGUAUUUUGGCACAUGCAGGUAGCUUUUGCUUUUCCUCUGUCCUCUAGUAUAUUAGCCUAUAUGCUUAAAAAUGUGUAAUCAUCCUUUCAUGGAUGAUUUUUAGGGGUUUAAUUGUCCUGAUGUUGUUGACUUUUUUUGUAGAUUUGGUAGUUGGAAAACGUUUUGAUGUCACCAUUUGGUUUCCUCCUUGUUAGUGAUUUGGAGGAAGACUGUUCUGAAUGUGACUAACUUUUCUUUUUAUUAUGAAGCAAAACAGUAUCUGAAUUUUGCUUAUUGCAUAGGGAUUUUUUUGUUGUUGUUGUUCUUGACCAACAUUUUGACUUUUUGCAAGGAUUGAUGAGGGAGGUAUUUUUGCACUCGAAGUCAGCUGUGCAGUACUGACUUCUUAUGGGUUUUUGCACACGCGUUUUAGGUAGAAUGUGGACUCUGUGUUUUGCAUUAAUACUGUGUGAUAAACUUCAAUAUCUCCAAACCAAUUUUAGCAAAUUUUGCAGGAGUUUUCCUCAACUGGUGUUGCAUAAAUAAAUAGCUAAAAAACUUUACUAUGUCGGAAUAUACUUUCAAGUCAUGGGGUUUUUUUGGAGCAGCCGUCAGAUUCUAGGUAGGAUCACAGCCAUGCCUCCAGUUUGUCACUUUCAAGGAAUCAAGAAAAUAUCCUGGUAUGAAUGAUGUGCAUUGCCUUACUCCUGUGAUCUUUCUUCCCUUUGGAAGUCUGGAAAAGUAGCAGAAGCUUGUCAGUGACACUGCAGGCUAUUACUGAAAAUAAGGUGUGAUUUUUUUUUCAGUUUGAAAAUGGAGGAGACAGAUGCAAGCAACUGUUCAGUACAAAAGUGGGAAGAGCAGUGUAUCUUUCACCAUUUUGCUUUUUGAUGUCAAUUUCAGAACUAAUGAGAAAGAACCUUUGCUUUUUGAACUAGGUUGUUUUGGUUUGGUUUGAUUUUUUUUAAUUAAUUUUUAAUUUUAACUGAUUAAGUAUUAGAGGCUUUACCUGUGUGAAUAGGGUAGAAACUGUCAUUGCCAGCCACAGCAACCUCAGACUUCUUGCAUAUCUGGUACAGUGCAACCCUGGAAAUUCUGACUCUGCUGCCAGCUCCAUUGUACCAUUUGGAAUUGUGGAGGACUUAGCUAGCUUUGUCCUCUGUUUUUGCUUGACUUCAUUUUUGUGGAUUCAUUAAAAUAUUGAGACAUAAAGUCCAUUUUUAAAAUGUAUCAGCUCACUGAAUUAGGUAAUGAAUGAGUGUUGAUUGAGAGAGGCUUUAGAAAACUUGACAAAUCCCAUGGGGCAGCGAUGUAGCCAAGCCAGUUUUCCAGACAAAUUGUCCUGGUGUCAGAUUAUAGUCAGUGGAUCAGUAGGAACUCAUGCCAACUGCUAUAGCUGAAGUCCUCAUCUAUAGUUGCUAGGGGAUGGUGUUGGUGUCAGCUUCAGUGAGGCCCAGAUUGUAACCUUCACCUUUGGGCCUUGCCAAGGUAGUAGUGAAGGACUGUCUUGGAAGUACAGCUCUGUGUUAGUUGGCUCUGGUGGCAAAUCGGGAAUUUCCUCCGCUGCUGUUUGCUGAGUGUGUAAAGUCCUUUGGAAAAUUUAAAUAUCCUUCAGUCCCCCUUGCACUGUGUGUCAGUUCCAGACUGGAAGCAGAUUCCAUCUGUCAGAUCAGAAUUUCUUGCUGCUGUCCUGUUGACUUGGAUCUCAGAGACUGAUCUAUACAACAUGAAAAGUACUGUUAGUAGAGGGAAACCCAGGACAACUGGGAAGCCUUUCCUUUCUGGUGGUGACUUUAUUCAUUGCUUUGCAUUAGAGGGGCCCCUUUACCAUGGGCUGAAAUUAGAACAGCGUAUUUCAGAAGGAGGAAGGUGAUUGUUUGUUACAAAAGCUGUCGUUUGUCAGCACUUUGAGGAAUUAUUACCCUACCGUAGCAUGGCACAAACCAGAAACACUGCAAAAGCAAAGGUUUUCCCAGCUAAAGAACAGCUUGUUAUCCAAAUAGAACUUGAAUUCCCAACGAUUAUACCUGCCUUAAAGGCCAGUUGUUCCCUUGCCCUGCUCGUGUUGUUAGACUGAUCACGAAAAUGAGCAGAAUUUUAAGAGGAAAAUGCCAAAUAAUAUAAUAUUUAUGGGGCUAUAAAAUAGUUGUAAUGAGACCAUCAGGUUUUUUUAUUUGGAUUUGAAUAUAACAUCAAUUAUGUAAUUUAAAAUUUUGUAAAGCAAGAGGUUAUUGUUUUCAGUCACCAAAGGUUAGCAAGCCAGAGAGUAAACUUAUUUCCUGGAGCCAUUGGUGGUUUUGAGAUUUUAAAGCUUUUAUUUAGCAGUAUCGCUAAAUUUUUGGAAUAGUUAAUAAGCAUUACAGUAUAAAGCCACAAUUUUUAAAAUUUUAUAGUCUUCUUUCUAUUCUCUCUGUCAUUCCUCCAUAGACACACAUCAUCUGCUGCGUAAACUCUCUCUUUCUGAAGAUGGUGGAGAUGCAGUGACAGGUUAUGCUCACAUUCUGCAUCUCUGUCCUCUGAACUGCUGCUACCUCAACAGGUAGCUCUAAAACAGAGAGAAAGAAGUUGACAGCCAACUCUUUUUUUAAGAACAAGAUUAGAAUUUCAAGUCUAGGAAAGGGCACUGACAGAUGACUUUUUUACAUCCUUGAAAGAUAAUACAGUGUCCUGAGUUUACAAGACCUCUCAAAAGUACUUUUGACUCAAAGAGAAACCUCCAGUGUCACUUCUGUUUAUGUGCAACAGGACACUUGAAGUGCUACUAAAUAGUAACUCUGAACUAAUAAUAGCCAGGUGAGACUAAAGGAGUAGAUUAUAUUCAUUUAUGCACAAUAGAAUAGGUACCUGCUUAUGUAGCUUAAACUUAUAAUUUUUUAUAGAAUAACUACAGUGAUCUUCAUAUUAUUAGUCCUGAACUCUGUAACUUUAUGCACCCAAGCAGUGCCAAGCAAGCUUAACAGACAGCGAUUGCUCAAAAUACACCCUCAAGGUCUGCUUUGAAUGUGUUAAAUUUUUUAUUCCAUUUGAUACAUGUUUCUAUGUUUCUGUUUGGUUUUCAGCUAUAGUUAGUAUUCUGGGUGGAUGAAAGAGAAGGGAAAAAAGAGCUGCAGGACUUGUAGCAGCUUUGUCAUAAAUAUUCUUUCCUCUCUAUUUAACCUGGGCUUUCCCAUCACAAGAAGCGUUCUUAGAAUCGUUUUUUGACCAGUGCAAUACAAGGGAGAAGGAACUGAGGAGCGGAACGGGCCCUGAUUUCAGUCUGGUGAAGCCAAUUUGGUCUUUGCAAUGUGAAGACCCGAAUGCCCAUUUAGUGCUGUGCCAGUGCUGUGCAGGGACAUCUGUGCCCUGGGGAAGCUGAAAGCACCACGGCUGUGUCAGUAAAGCGCUCCAUUCUGGUCACACUGGCCAAGAAAGAGGGUGCAUCAGUAAGGGAUGGAGAAAUAAAUCAGCCUCUCCAGUCAGCUUCCGAACUGAGAUUCACUUCUGCAGCGUUGUGAUGUGCUCUUUCGGCUGCUCAGUGGCUCCUCCUCAGCUUACUGUAACGAGAGCACAUAUCAUUUUCUUGCAAUUCAAACCUGUAUUUGCCUGCAGUAAACAGAACUUGCCAGGGCAGCACAGCAGUGAAUGCUGAGUUGUAGCCUCAUGCACUGGAUGAGCUUUGAUGACACAUAAAUGCCCAAAGUCUUUGGUGGUGCUCAGAGCUGGAAGACUCAGGCAGUCACUGUGACCCUGACUGUCUUUUCGUACGUAAUCACAUGCAGUAUUGGACAGGCACCUUUCACUCUAUAUUGCUUUGGUUCUUUACCUGUUGUACUCACAGACAGCAGGAAUGCCUGAGACUUUCUCAUCGCUGUAUAAACCUAGUUUCCAUAGCUGUAUUAGCUGAGAAUGGUGCCCUGAAGGACUUCACUCAGAAGUUUUUAAAUUUGUUUGAAUUACAGCUAAAUUUAGAUAGUGCUCAAGGCUGUUUUGUUACUUUUUCCAGUUAUUGGCCUGUAACCUUCCUGUUAAAUUUGAAGAGUUGCUCUGGCAAAAAUGUUUUCCCAUGAAUUUAUUACCAGUCUUGAGACAGCCUUACUAAACUGCUCUGAAAAAUACCUGUUCUAUUCUCUGUUGUUUUUUUUUUUCAACAGUAAUAUGUUAUCUGCUUUUUAACUUUCUUCUUUAUUCUUUUAUUUGCAGUGAUGUGGUUGCAUGACCUGCAGCAUUAUUAUAACAGGGACUGUUCAGUGCAUGACUUGCUUUUCUGUCCAGACUGCAUAACCAAAACUUAACCAGUUCUACACUUAAGACUCAUGGCCAUCCGAUUUCAAAGGGGGAUCUACUUGCAGAGAAGCUUACCAUCCUGGGGAGUGGCUUUCCCAUUUCCCACUUCCAUUUACUCUUUCUCUUCACAAAAGGUCUCCUAUGAGGCUAGAAGAGAGGAAAUCCAGUAUUCACAACUCAACAAGAGGCAUUCUGCAAACUGACAGAGCACUGUCAGCUCUCCAUCUUAUUUCCGCCUGUCCACUUUAUUUAAUUCUGAUUAACAGUAUUAACACACAGACUUCCUGCAACAUUUUCAUAUACUGAACUAUAAAAAAAAUCUAGUCUUAAUGAGUUCCUAAAAAGGCCUUUUGGUUACUGUUAAAAUUUCAAAGCACCUGCACCCUUAAAGGAUCCACUUUGAAUCUCUAAAUAAAUAAAGUAAAGCGAAGGAGGUGUUUUACCAGGAGAAAUGACUAAUGAAUUGCUGCUUGGCGAUCCCAUCUUAGAAAACCAAGCAAGUUUCAUCUGAUAAUCUCCGAGCCAGUCAAACUACCGGGUGGUAUUUUGUUCACAGGCACUGCCUGCUUCCUUAAUAUGUAUAUACACAGUAGUUUGUGGCUGUUGUAUUUUUCUCUCUACAUUGAGCUGUAUUGUUCGUUUAUUUCAGAAACCUUUUUUUUUUCCAAUCUGUGUUAAACAAUUGUUAAAACAAUCUGAGGAAAGAACAUGAAUGGAGAUAAGUAUGAAAGUCAUCUACACUUUCAUAUUACGCAGACUGUCCUUGCCAGUUUAUAAUUUGGGUCAUUUAUCUUUCACCUGUACUGGUUUUUUUCCUUUCCUUUUUUCUUUCCCCUAUCACAGUCUUAGCUAUUUAAUUUCCAAUUGCACUAGCUUGGCUUUUCUUUGUAUUAUGAAGUUUAGCUAUUAAGAUUUGCCAUAUGUAGACAGUGUAACUCAAAAUGCUUUGUACUGCCUAUAUUAAUUUAAAAAGCUGCUUAUUUAAUAUUCUUAAAGAUCUGCACAUUUGUACUACUGUAUCUUUGUUUUGUAUUGGACAUCCAGUACUGGCAAGAUUCAGAAGACGAGGGAGUGCUGUAGUGUUGUAAGUUAAGAGGUUUAUUGUAUAGAAGUUAGUACAUAACAAACAGGGAAAGGGGCUUUCAAGCCGUAGGACUUGCUGGAAAAUAUGAAAAGAGUCUGAAUGCUGAGAACCUUAAGUCCAGUUCUAGGGAAACCCCAUUCUUGUUCACCUGGAUCUUAAUCUGCAGAAGCAUAAGCGUGGUUUGUACUCUGCUGCCUCCUGGAAUGGUUUGGUUAUUUAGGCAGUAGCAGAACCACCAGCCCUGUUUUCCAGGCUGGAGAAGUGUUGUGUCCACUCAUCUCUGCCGACCCUUCUGGUCACAGGCUCAGUGCCUGCCCCAUCCCUGGCCUGUCAAACAGGGCUCUGGGCACCUGCCUGUGCUCAGUCCUCAGGGAUCCCGAUCCCACAGUGUCGGUGGCCUCGUGCAGGAUGAUGUGGAGGAAGGACAGACUGUGUGCCCCCCUCCCAGAGGGGGUGUGGCCGGUGCUGCCUGGCAAAGGGAAGGAAGGGCAGGUAGGAGUGGGCUCUAAGCAGACCAGGCAGGACAGCGAAGGAUAAGCAUUAAGAUCCCAGUGAGAACUGUGUGGUGUUUCCCCUUCUGAACACCACACCCGACAGGGGAGCCUGAGGCUACCAGGUGCUCUGGCUGGCAGCUGUCCGUAAAGACUUCAGAUGGGGAUAUGUCCUUCUUGGUCCACCAGGGCCAGGGACAGUGAAGUCUGACGUGACCUGCAGCCAGGAUCUGGGGUUUGGUGAUAACGAGUCAGCUACUCCUGCAGCAGAGGCAGCAGCACUUCAUCAGGCUGAGUCAGCAGAGUUGUGUCUUUCCAGGUCCUAGCCACUGAUCCCUUGUUAUGUGUCAGGGCAAGCAUUACUAGUAAAACUUCUUUUAGUUGGGUGUUUAAGGCAUGGUAUGUUUUUCAUUUGCAAGUGCUGCUCCGGCUGGGACCACACCCUGCCCCAAGCCAGGCUGGGUGCAGGAUCCCUGAAAUCAGGGCUCUGUGCUGGGCGGGAGGGGAUGCUUUUUUUGUGCACCCGCCCGCACAGGUGUGGAGUCCCAGUGUGAAGCCGGGCAGCACCUCAUUUCUCCAAGUGGUCUGUGCAGAUUAGAGACUAAAUAUCAGUUGUUCUUGAGCCUUGAUGACAUUUGUAUGUAAGUGUGUUUAGCUUGACAAAAGUUGUUUGAGUUUACUAAUGCAACAGAGAGAUGUCAGGUGAAGCCAAGUAACUUCCAGCAAGGAGCUGGCUUCUUUAACUAGAUUAGCCAGGCAUCUCUGUCAUGAAGUGGUUGCAAGCUCUCAACUCAGAGGUGAUCUCCAGCAUGUCUCUGAUUACUAACUUCAUUUGUGCUGCAUAGAAAACUCUCUUACCUUCUUAAUAGCGGCUUGUUUGACAGUCCUGAAUUAAAUGUUGACCAAUUAUCAAAGUAACUGUUUGUGAAGUUGCCAGUGAUAUAUUUUCUGUAAAAAAUGGAUUCGUAGAGUGUCAAAACAUUAAUUUCCCAUUUGAGUUCAUCAACAAAUUGUGUAACUACCAGAUUGUCAUGGUAGCAGUAUCAAUAUACAUACCUGUAUAUAGACAAAAAAAUACUCAGUAAUGAUAAUUGGAAUCAAAAGGUUUAAUAUUUUUUCCCAGUCAAAUACACUAAUGCUUCAAAGGUGAUAGAAGAGUGUACAGUUGUUAAACAAGUUGUAAAUAAACGCUUAUAUAAAACAUAAA